UUACAAUGUAGGGAUUUUCUGGCAGAAGUUUGUUUAUCUCCGGCGAGUACGCACAAAAUGCUUCUUUUGGAAGUUACUGCAUCGACGUGAACGUGAGUUUUUCGACGUAAUCGGAAAACUCAACCGGAUGGCAUCGAAGAAGAGAGUUCAGUUUGAUGAGGCAGAGGACGAGAUACUCAGUAAUGCAGGAGAAGGCGACGAGGUGAAAAAGAAAUUCAAGAACUCCUUGGACAGUGAUGAGGAGGACGACGAGGUGGAAGACAAGAAGUACAACCUUCUCAACCCAGAUGAUGUGGAAGGCCAAGAAGACAAGACAAUCGAAUAUGAUGGGGACAUCAAAAUCACACCAUUCAACAUGGAAGAUGAAAUGGAGGAGGGCCACUUCGACAAGGACGGCAUGUUCAUCUUCAGCAGAGACAAGGCUGAUAUACGGGACAAUUGGCUGGACAACAUUGACUGGGUCAAGGUGAGGCCCAGCAAGCCAUCUCAGGAAAACAGCCGAGACUCCGAGGCGUCCGGGGACGCGGACAAGGUGGACGUGCUCUCCAUCUACGGCGAGAUGUUGGAGGUGAUGCGACCGGGGGAGACGGUGCUGGCCUGCAUCAAGAGACUCGGAGGGGGCAAGCGGGACUCCACCAUCAACCGAUGGAAGAAGAAGAAGCAGGAGGACGAGCCAGACAGCACGGAGGAGACUGCCCGGAACAAGGAACAGCUGCUGAGGAUGACGGAGCUGGCGGACCGGGUCAUCUCCACGGGGGACAUGGACGUGUACCAGCAGAGCUUCGAGCGGCUCUCCUUCCUCAGGCAGCCCAAGGGGGAGGGGCGGGGGGCGGCCCCUGCCGCCGCAGAGUCUCCCUCUUUCGACAUGUUUGCGGAGGAGGUGGACCCCGCCAAGGUGCAGGAGCCCUCCUCGGCCAAGGAGGAGAAAAAGGAGUCCACCAGCACCGGUGCCGCAACAACUGAGGGAGAGGACGAGCUGAUGUGGGAGUUCAAGUGGGAAGAUGCUGAGGACGCUCCGAUCUACGGCCUGCACACUUCGUCUCAGAUGCUGCAGUGGGUGCAGGAAGGCUACUUCCAGGAUGGCGUGUGGGUGCGCAAGGCGCACGAACGGGAUGCGCCUUUUUAUAGCUCCAGACGCAUCGACUUCGACCUUUACGUCUGAUGUGUUCGUUUGCGAGAAGACAGCUCCUGCCAGUUCUCUGUCUCGGAACGAAUUUUAAUUUCUGUGUUUCUCGUGGGAUAAGUACUCCUGGCACCUUGUAGCGUUGUUGUUGGUUACGUUGAAAGCUGCAAGUUAUAGCUAAAUUCAGUGGCACUUGUCAUGUGGUGUGCCAUUUGUGUCUGUUUCUAUCGGAUCUUUAUCCUCAAUCGUUGUCUUAGAACGGGGACACAGGCCAUUCCAUGAAAAAGGUAACAUAUGCUUGUGACAUUCACCGUAGCUAAUGCUGAGGUGGAAAGAGGCAUUAACCAUGAUGUUGGGCAUUAUUACAGGAAUGACAGCAUAGUCUAAUGGUAAAUAGGAUAUAGGUAUGGGAGGGGGAUGGCUUAGGAGGAACAUUGGCAGAUGCUUCCCUUGUUAUACCACCUGCUACUUGGCUUCAAAAUGCCAAUGGCUUAACCUUAAAGGAACUUUAUAUGAUUACUUAAGACAAAAAUAUAAGAUGGCUUGAGAAUGUGUUGUUAAACUAUCUUGUUAAAUUUUAUUAGACAUAAAAGGAAUUCAAUAUCUUAACCUUGAAGAUUACCAAUGAACAUGUUUUUAAGUGUUAGCAGAAAAUAAGUGCACAUGCUGACCCGAGUUCUUGUUCAGUAAUGUCAAGAUUAUUACUCAUGAUAGUGUCUCACAUAAUCCUGUUACCCUUUUUAUAACACCCAUGAAUCUACACUUUGAUUGGCAGGAGUUAAGAACAGCAUCAACCUGAGUGUGGCAAUCCCUAAAAGAAAGACAUGCUGCAAAAUAGUUAUUUCAUCUGCAUGAGAUGCAUGCUCUUAAAUAAAUACAUACAGAACUGUU